CGCGCCGCCCCGCCACGGCAAGCUCGACCCCGCCGACCACCAGAGUGUCGUGCAGGCGUGGGCCAAGAUGCUGGGCAAGGAGCUGGCCGACAUGGCGAGGAGCGUGACCCGCUUCGACCGGCUGCAGGAGAGCAUCAAGAAGAUGAACGUGGAGGUGAGGGACCCGGAGCGGGUGCUCAACGAGGUGGCCCGCAACAUGGAGAGGCUGAUGCAGCGCAGGGUGAACCAGGUGCAGAAGAUCCGGAAGGCCGCGGAGGAGCUGGGCCGCGUGGACUACCGCCAGUUCGAGGUGCCGCGGUUCUACCCCGGCGUCAAGGACCUCGAGACGACGCCGGAGCCCACGCCGCCGCCGCCGCCGAAGCCCAAGCGGCGCCGCAACUCGCUGACGACGGCGGGGCCGCCCACCACGGCCAAGCCCACCACCACCGUCAAGCCCUGGCUCGUGCACGUGGACACCUUCCCCGGGACCAGCCUCGUGAACGUGUCCCUCAGCGCCGUGCACGUGCCCACCGAGGUGGACGACGGCAGUACCAUUGACCUAGCCGAGGAUCCCGAGCAGUUCAACUCGACAGGAGCGGAGGUGCAGCAGAUCAUCGAGCUGACCGAGGCCUUGGACGAGGCGUUCGUCAGCAACAUGAAGGAGGACUGGUCGACGGCGUGGCAGUUCUUCGCGCACCACACCGGCGUCAUGAGGCAGUACCCAGCCUCCAAGUGGAACCGGAUGUACAGCGAAGACUACUUCGACGCGCGGCUGCGGCCGUGGUACCUGCGCGCCGCCACCAGCCCCAAGGACAUCAUCAUCCUGCUGGACAACUCGGGCUCCAUCUACAUGACGGAGCCGGCGCUGCUGACCAAGCUCGUGGCGCACACCAUCCUGGACACGCUCACGCCCGACGACUUCGUGACCGUGCUGCUGUACAGCAACAACGUCACCUCCCUGCUGCCCGGGCUGGACGACAAGCUAAUCCCGGCGACGUCGGCCUACGUGCGCGAGCUCCAGUUCGCGCUGGAAGGCGUCAACCCCAAGGGCGCCGCCAACCUCACCUUGGCCCUCGACUUCUCCUUCCGUCUGCUGGAGAAGUACCGCCUCGAGGCGACGGGCGCCAACUGCAACCAGGCCAUCAUGCUGGUGACGGACCUGGUGCCGGAGCACGAGGAGGAGAUCUUCAAGCUGUACAACCGGCCGGACAGGGCCAGCCCGCGCCACACCAACGUGCGCGUCUUCACAUUCACCGUCACGGACGGCGCGCAGUCCGCCCCCAGGGAGGCGCAGUGGAUGGCCUGCGCCAACAUGGGAUGGCAUGAGAAAUUCUGGAAAAGCGCCACGCCCAUGACGGCCCUCAAGUACAUCCCCGUCAUGGCGCGGCCGAUGGUGCUCCAGGGCGCGCACCCGGUGCACUGGUCCCACAUGUACCCCGACGUCACGGUCCCCGAGACGACGGACCAGCUCUGGGUGGCCAUGCAGCGCGACGAGCAGCUGCGGAGGCUGACGCUGGUCUGCUUCAAGCACGACGAGGUGCACCGCGGCGCCCGGAAGCACUACCAACUCGAUCGCACGGUUCCCGAGAAGGAACUCGGCCAGAGCGAGGAGUACGUCGUGACGGUCUCGGUGCCGGUGUUCAACCUCAGCUCGGCCGGGGUGGCGGAGGGCGCGCUGCUGGGCGUGGCGGGCAUCGACGUCCCCGUGUCGCAGCUCACGGCCUUCAUCUCCCCGCACAGGGUGGGCGUCAACGCCUACAUCUUCAUGGUGUCCAACAACGGCCUCGUCAUCUUCCACCCCGACCUGCGGCCCAGGUUCAACGGCAUCCUCAAGCCGGGCUUCAACAGCCUGGACAUGAGCGAGGUGGAGCAGGAGGACGUGCCGGAUCCGCGCAACCUCAGCCAGGCCAUGCAGAACUUCCGAGAUCAAGUCGUCAAGCAGUACAAAGGCUCGGUCGUGCUGUCCGUCAGACAAACCUACAGAAACUGGCGGCGCGUGGCUCGCAUGGCGCGGCGCUACUACUUCCAAGGCGUGGACAACACCCCCUACAGCCUGGUCAUGGCCACCCCGCUGGAGUACGGCACCGAGUGCGUCAAGGGCUCGCACGACAGCUCGCUCACGUCCGCCAAGCUGCUGAGCCUGCUGGGCUCGGAGUGGGGCCCGCACGGCGGCUGGGAGGUGCACCCCAACUGGACCUACUGCGGCUGCUGCGGGCAGCCCGGCCGGCUGGGCCUGGAGCGCCUCAGCCUGCGCGGCCAGAACUGCGACCGCGAGCUGGUGAACGCCCUGGCCAUGGACGCGGACGUGACCAAGUUCUUCUCGGAGAGGAUCAAGGACACGAGCGUGUGGGAGCGCUGGGACGUGUCCUCGGCCUUCGUGGCGACCCACAGUGGACUCACCCGCUGGACCAGCAGGCCCAUCAACACCGUAGUCGAUUCCGAGACAGUGAAGUCACCAGUGCCUCCGCGGGGCCCCGACGAGCCGUGGUUCAAGCGCGCCGUGUCGUCGGCCUGGGCCGUGGUGGCCGCCGAGUCGGACAAGGCCGGCAAGCGGGGCGCGCAGCCCGGCGCCGCGCCGCACUGGGUGGUCACGGUGCCCAUGCAGGACGAGGCGGAGUCCGACGUGUACAGCGAGUACACCGCGGCCUACGACGCGGACGACCCCUGGGCCGCGCGCAGGGCGGGCCUGGCCGACGGCUGGAACGGCGAGGAGAAGCCGAACACCACCGACUUUGAAAAGGUGGAGUUGCUGGGCGAGCAGCUGGCGUCCAUCACGGCGGCGCUCUUCAGGGGCAAGGCGCCGGCCGCCGUGGUCGGCGCCAACUUCCCCCUCACGAUGCUGCAGCAGCUGUUCGAUGAGAUCACGGCCAAGACCAGGCUCGAGAUGACCGUUUCGAUGGGCGAGCUGGACCUCUACCUGCUGGACGAGAACGCCAUCGUGGUGGCGGACAAGACGGGCUUGAACGCGGGGCGGCCGCUCACCCUGGUCAACGGCAACCUCACGGCCAGACUGGAGGCGGCCCACAUCUUCGAGCGCGUCACCGUGACCGACGUGCAGGGCGUGUGCCGGCGCCCCAAGAAGAGCUCGGCGGCGGCGUUGUCGCCGUCCCUCAGCGCGUCCAUGCUCGGCACUGCCGCCCUCACCGCGCUGUGGUGGACGGGGACGCCGGGCGACGUGGCGCACCCCUUCAUCGCGCACCCCCUGUACGUGUGCACCGCGGCAAUGCUGCUCGGGGCGGCCAAGGCCAAGGACGCGUCCCCCAAGGUCAAAGCUCAAGCGUUCCGCGUCAACAAGACCACCCUGCAGCUGUGCGACAUCAAGCUGCACCUGCACCGGGUCGGCGCGGGCCUGCACCAACACCACCGCGGCCAGGUGCAGCUCGGCUGCGACUCCAAGAACGGCACCGCCAGGCCCGGAGUGCGGCCGUUCGUCGUGGCCGCCGUGCCGGGCACCAACCUCGUCCUGGUGGCGGCGCUCAACUCGUGCCCGGCGGUGGAGCAGUUCGAGCCCUUCAGGACCACGCCGUGGGAGGACGCGACGCCCGAGGGAAGCCCCAUCUACCGGAAGAUGGGCGCGCAGUGGCCGCGCCGCCGCCCCGGGGACUGCUACCGCCGCGACGACGGCGAGCGCAACAUCCCGCACUGCGGGGGCGCGGUGCGCGUGCAGGUUGGUAAGGAUCUUUUUGGUGUUUGA